ACAUCAAAAACCCUAACCAAGACAAAACCCUAACGCAAUCCGAAGCUCAAAGAUGGCGAAGUCAAUGAGAUCCAAGAAAGAGAAGAGGCUGAGAGCCAUAAGGCGGGAGCUAGUGACGCCUCUAUACGAUAAGAAAGACGAAGCUAAACUCGCCGCUCAAGAAGCUGCCCUUGCCGCUCCUAAGCUCCCUGUUCGUAUUCCACAAAACAGUGACACGUCUAUGGAUGUAAACACAACCACCACCACUACUGUUUCAACGAAUAAUGAUAUGGACGUGGAGAUGGCUGAUGGCAAUCAAAACAAAAGCUCCUUGAAGCCUGUUGGAGGAGUAGGAAAGAAGUCUCUAAAGAAGUUAAAACUUAAGAAAAACAAGCGCCGUGGUAAGGGCUGGAAGAAGCAAGAUUAUUAGUUUUAUAAAAGAUUCUGAGUUUAUAAACUUACUCUUCCUGUUUGUAGUGAGGCAAUUUAAAUUUUACCUUUUUGACAUUGUGAUAUUACAAUGCCUUAGAAAUGAGUUGUGAGCUAAUGUUUGGCUUGCAAUAUUGUUGAGCAAGCACAAGUUGAUGCAAAUGAAGUUUGAGCUAUUACAUCUUA